AUGUUGCUAUUGUUUAAUUUAUUACUACUUCUGUAUUUACCUGUAAUAAAAAUGAGCACACCGCCACCAAAUCAUGCUGCUAUUAAUAUGAAACGAAAACAUAUCGAUGCUGAUACAUCCUGGUUGGAACUGAAGAAAAAUGAAACACAAAAAGUUUCUUUAGAUGCCAGCAAUCCAGAUAAAGUCAUUCUCGAUCUCCACAAUUCAGGAAAGCAGUUGAGUGCUUCAGCUCAAGGUAAUAUAGCAGCCGCAGAAAGUGAUGGAAAACAAGCUCUUGUGCAGCGAUUUGGUGAAAAAGGUGGUGUCGCUCAGGUUGAAGGUCAUAAAGCCCAGAUAAAAGUUAAAGAAGAAAGUGAUGCACGUCAUGCAUUCCUAAAAGCUGAUGGAAAAUAUGUGUUGAACACAGUUGCCCGUGGUUCUUUAAAGAAUCCAAAAGAUACUGACUUCAUAGCUACCAAUGAUCGUUUUGAUUUUGGCUUGAAUCCAGUAGAACAAGACGACCGUCAAGGAACAGGAACUCUUUCAUUCACAGAUAAAGAAAAAGGCAAAAAUGGCAAAUAUGCAUAUAUAAUCAAGAAAGAUGGCCGUAAAGUUGAUGCUUAUUUAUCAGCUGAUGGAGCAGAAAAUGGCGAUGAUGAAUUUUUGCAAUCAUUAUUCGGUAGACGAUCAGAAAAAUACCACUGUUACGCUGAAACACCAGGUCUAUCACAAUGCUAUGAUGCACAAGGGCGUAGUGUAGGUAAAGUAGCUGCUGACAAAUCCGGCAAUACUAUCAUUUAUAAUGAUAAAGAUGUACCAAUUGCUUCUGGAACCAUACAGAAACUUGGCGAACGUUCUUAUCAAGCAGUAAUCAGCAAAAAUUUAUUCAUUGCUAAACUGAAGGAUGUUCGUACAUCUUCAUGUUGUCGUGAAAUUAUUGGCAAAAACUGCACUGAUCCAAUUAAAUUAGCAAAUCCAUCAUUUCAUCAUCCAUCUGAACGCGAUGGUGAUACGGUAAAAUUGACGUGGCCUGAUUGCGUCGACAUGUCUAUCGACGUAACUUUACCACCAAAAGUACACAUCAAUCGUCUUGCUAUGAAAUUGGACGUAAUGAUUCAGCCAAUUGGAAAGUUACGUUGUAUGGAUGUAGCUACAUGUGGUCGUGAGUGUUUCUACUGCGAUUGGUGCAAAAACACAAGAAAGUUGAAACUUUUGGAAAACACAGAUGGCAACUUGUGUAAAUCAACUACUGAGCGUACAUAUCGAUUAACAGUGAAAUUAUGUCCUCCACCAGAAGAUCCUUUGUUUACGAUUUGUUCCGCAUUUUCAAAAUCAGUUUGGCAAAAAGAUUACUGGCAAAAAAAGGGGGCCGUUGAUGUCUGGAUGAAAUUUUAUGAAAGAGGAGAAACAAGAAUGGAAAAAGAAUUUUUUGCACAAUUAGACAAUCCAUUGUUGGGAAAAGCAUUCAAGUUAGCAAUGAUUGGUGAAUGGCUAGCUGCAAAUAGCAUUGACCAAGGUUCAUAUACUCCAACAAACUCGGAACUUCUCGAAUAUUGGGUUUCAAAACGUGUCCCUGAUCGCUUACUUGCUUGCCAGCAUGCUGUUGUAGACUAUGAAAUUGAAGGAGCAAAAGUGAAAACAAAUUUACUAUUUGAAGCUGCUACAACAGCGAACUCGCUACCAAACAUAUUUAAAGAUAAAAAAUGUGGGGCAUUUGAAAAACUUCAAGAAAAACGAUUUCAAGAAGAAGUUGCAGAAUAUAAGCGUAACAACGGUAGAUCAAAUAUUCUAAGUGGUCUUGGAAAUUUUUUCAGUGAUAUCAAUCGUGGAAAAUAA